AUGGGUUUCUCUCAUUCGGACCUGGAAUCAGAAUCCAAGAAGUGGGUAAUUGCCGGAAUCACUGUUCGGUCUCUCAAACCCAUCAACACGAAGCGCGUUAAUGGCGGUGAGAACAAAGACGACAACGGUGAAGAACUUUCCACAACACCUACAGCUAAGGAAUCAAGAAUACCUGACAAUUUGUCUUGCCCGCCAGCGCCGCGGAAGUGCAGACCUCCGACCAGGUGUGGUGGUGGCAGUGGCGGUGUCAGAGAGUUCUUCACACCACCUGAUUUGGAGAGUGUGUUCAAGUGCCAUAAAGCCAAAUGA